AUGGCAGAUCGUAAGGCAGGAACAUCAAAAAUGCAAGAUGCAACCAAUGAUAAUCAAAGUGAUGACUACAUGCUUGCAAAUAGAAAUUUUGUUGUUACGGAUAGUGAUAGUGAUUCAGAAAGUGAGGAAAACAUGAAUAUAAGUAUUGAACUCUUAGAUGAUGCACAAGAUGAGGUUUUUGAGGAAAGUGAUAGCGAUUAUACUGACACUGAAAGUGAAACCGAAAGUGAAAUUGAACAGCACCAAAGUGAACUUAUUGAAGAUACGUGGCAAGAUGAUGGUUCUUUUAUAAAAAUUCCUUUUGUGGGUAAACCACGUCUCCGAAAGUCACCAAACGGAGAUAGUCCGUACGAUUUUUUUGAACUUUUAUUUGAUAACACCUUUUUCUCUUUGACUGUGAAUGAAACAAACAACUACGGUAAAAUAAUUUUUGAGAAAAAAUGGAAGGAGUUAACCAUUUCGGAAUUUAAGGUGUUUUUAAGUUUGUUACUACAUAUGGGAACUAUCAAAUGCCCAAGAAUUGAUAACUAUUGGAGUAAGAGCGAACAAUUUGGUUUUCAGUGGUUUUCCCGACAUAUGAGUAGACAAAGAUUUCAAAAUAUCUUACGAUCGCUUCGUUUCUCUUCUGAUAAUGAUCGCCUACGGAAAAUAAUACCAGUUGUAGAUUAUUUUAAUAAUAAAAUGAGUGAAAUAUAUUAUCCUCGCAAAGAAUUAUCAAUGGAUGAAUUUCUAGUUCCUUGGAGAGGAAGUUUAAUAUUUAAACAAUCUAUUGCUAAAAAACACAAACGUGGUGUAAAGUUAUGCAUUGUGUGCGAAAGUUCUGGUACCGCGUUACGAAUAAAAGCAUACACAGGAAGUGGUGACGAUAUAAGUGAAAAAGAACAUAUUGUCUUUCAUUUGUUAAAAGAUUUUCUGAAUCAGGGACAUUCAGUCUUCAUGAACAAUUAUUACAGUUCUUUUGGUUUAGCUUCGAAAUUGCUUCAUUACAAAACUUUCUGCACAGGAGCAUUGAGAAAGACAAGGAAGAGAAAUGAUUCGGAAGUGAUAAAACAAGAACUGUCGAAAAAUGAAGUAAUUUUUCGGUUCAAAGACAAUGUAAUGAUAGGUAAAUUUAAAGAUAAAAGAGACGUGUUGUUCAUAUCAAAUGAAUACACAGCAACGUUAAAAGAAUACGAAAAUAAACAUAAACAAAAUAUUGUGCAACCAAUUGCGUUGCAUUACUAUAACAAUCAUAUGAAAGGGAUAGAGCGCAAAGAUCAGAUGCUGUCUUAUUAUUCUUGCUCAAGGAAGACAUUUAAAUGGUACAUAAAAUUAUGGAUUCAUUUAGUUGAAACUUUGGUUAUAAAUUCAUUUAAUUUAUACAAAACGUAUUCACCAACGAUAAAAAAAUUGAACUUUCAUGACUAUCGUUUAGAGAUUUUAAAAAACUUAAUUGAAAACUCCGGAGGCAGUAGGACAACAAUACCAAAAACAAAUGAUCAUCUACCUGAAAUUUUACCAAGAAAUAAACAUAGGAAAGUAAACAGGAAGAUUUGCAGGCAGUGCUAUAAGGAAGGGAAAUAUAGACGUAGCAAUUAUUUUUGUCCAACUUGCGUCGGCAAUCCUGGAUUAUGUUUGGGAGAAUGUUUCAAGCAGUAUCAUCGACUAACUAAUGUAUAG